AUGCUGAGAUCCACCGGCUUCUUCCGAGGGAUUGACUGCCCGUUUUACUCGGAGCUCAGCGACGGAAAAGGCAGCAGAAAUGGGUGCAACAGACCGUACUGUCACUUCAGACACAGCCAGCAGCGACGGCCGUCCUACGGAGCACCGGCAGAUGUUAAGAAGCAGAGGGAGCUUCACUCUGCACAGAAAGAACAAGGUUAUGAUCCAUUCAACCCAGAAGUCGUGAGGCCGCAGGAGCAGCAGAAUGGAAAGCCGGCUGAAUCGGGAGACCUCAGCGGCGCUCUGGAGAUGGUCAACAAGGCCAUCGAGGAGGUCCGCAGCGAGGUGGAGAGAGAGAAGCGGAAGCUCUCGCGGAUUGGGGAUGAACCGUACGAGCCCAGCAAGAGUGCCAAGUUGUCGCCACCUGACGCUGUUAAAAGUAAAACGCCACCUCCACACAUGGCCUACGACCCCGGGAGUUAUCAGAUGACAUCAGGAGGUUAUAAUCCCGCUCCCAGCUGCAGCAAGUACACCUUGGAUUCAGACAACCAGGGGAACAAUAGUAACUCCAUGGAAUAUGUUCCUACUUCGGUGAAAAAGCCUCGGACACACACGCACCAACUCCCCUCUCCUCCCCCUAGUCCGAAGUACUCCAACAGCACAUCCUCCUCAAAGUGUAAAUACACUGUGGACAAUUCAAGACCAUCUACAGAUAUGGAGUAUGACCCGCUGUCCAACUACUCGGCAGGAAUCGCAGCGAGAAACAAGAGGGACAAACGCGCACAAGCUGUUAAGACGGAGAGGAGCAAAACACACAAACUCCCGGGAUCAGAUUUGUCGGAUGAGGAGUUUGUCGUAGCUGUGAAAAAACCGCGGCAGCAGAGCGUAGACUCCAAAAAGUACACUUUCUCUGACUCUGAUGGGGAGAGCUCUGGAACAGAGUAUCGACCCACCUCGCUUAGAAAUCUCCAGCAGAGAAAAGGCAACGGUGGGUUGUUUUGGGACGCUGAGAAAAAAGAGAGAACUGGAGGUACGCUAAAUGCACUGACACAGAGGAAUAAAGAGGACUUGGCAGGGGACUCGGAUGUUCAGGUAGAUGUUAAACGAAAGGACAGCCUAGAGAAAAAGAAGGUUGCUAGUCGAACUAGUCACGAUAAAAGUGGCAAAUCUGAGAGAGCGCACAAACUUGAAAAAGAGGUAAACAAAACAACCGGUAGUAAAAGUAGUAGCAGCAGCAGUAAAGACAAAGGGUCAGUAAAGAACUUGAACCAGGACUCUGCAAAGAAGGAGAACAAGAGUCAUGGAAAGAGAGAUGAUAGGAAAAACACGGUUAAGGUAAAAACAUCUGAUAAGGUUCAGAGGGAAGGCAGAGACGAAAAGAGAAGCGAUGGUAAGAUCAAAGCUGUGGAAAAAGUAAAAACGGACUCUAGCAAACGAGAUAAAGAUACAGAAAAUGGUUCAAGGGAAAGCAAGAAACCCAAGUUAUCAGACAAGGAAAAGGAACUAAUCAAGUAUAAAGACCGCCAACACAAAAAUGGUAAACUUGAUAGCAGUAAAAAGGAUGUAAAGAAAGUUAGUAAAAGCAGUCCUGGUAGCGCGAGCAGUAGUAGUAACAGUAAAGGCAGUUCUGCAAACAGCAAAGAUAAGGUCAAACAAAAACUCAGCUCAUCAAACGGGAAAAGACUUGAGGACAAGCGGCGAAGUCAGAGUCUCAGCCACGCCGAUCUGUUUGGAGACGAGAGCCCGGAGGAGGCCGAACGGAUGGAGGUGGACGACGACGACGAGGAGCCCGAAGAAGUGCUGGUGAGAAAAUCUGCGGAUGCUCUAAAAAGGGGACGUCUGAACAAGAGGAAAGUGUCCGAGCUCACUCCGUCUUCCUCCGACGACGACGAGGGCGACCGCUACGUGGAGGGCAGCUCGGCAGGUAAGGACGAGGUCGACGAUGUUGGAAUGGACUUCUCUAGUUUCCAGGAAGAUCUGGACUUUGACUCAGAUCCCAUGGAGGAGUGUUUGCGGAUCUUCAAUGAAUCCAAGGAUGUGAAGAGGGAAGACAAGGGAAGGCAAGCAAAACAGCCCUCUAGGGAUUCAGAGGAGGAGAGAAGCACAGAGAGCACUUUAACCACCCUCUUCCCCGGUCAAAAGAAGAGAGUCUCCCAUUUUGUUGCCAAAGGAAAUAAUGACGCACCUUCUAAGUCUGCGGUGCGGCCGUACAGGAGACUCACGGCCCAGGAGGUCUGCUUCCAGCGUAUGCAGAUGGCACAGCAGCAAGCUGCUCAGCUUUCUGCUUCAGUCAAAGCUGCCUCACAGAGCUCCAGCUUCUCUGGAGAGAGGAAGAGAAUAGCGCACCGUCCCGGCCCACAGACUUCCUCCAAAACAAGUCCUGCAGAUGUUAAACCAACGGCCAGUCGAGUGUUGUCUCCCAACCAGACCCAUCAGACUGUCAAGGCCCAAACCACCGCCGGCAUCUUGUCCAAGACCGUGUCCACUGCCAUGCAGAGGAGGGUGGCACACACACCCACCAUGAAGAGUAGUUCAAUGAAGCGCCCUGUCAUCCCCACCGAGUUCGGGGCCAAAGUUCCCACCAACGUCCGCCAGCGCUACCUCAACGCUUUCAUAGAUGAAUGUGUCAAAUUCUGCCCAUCAGAGGACGUUGCCUUCCAGAUGGCGCUUGACGAGGAGAAGCUGGUGUACGAGCGCAGUAACAGUAAGAACAUCUACCUCAAUGUGGCUGUGAACACCCUGAAGAAGCUCCGCAGCAAGAGCACCUCCUGUCCAUCACCGGUCACCAAGGACCCGGGGUCGGUCCCCAACAGGAGGGCACAGUCCCACGAGGAAGUUCUGGGGGGUCGUCUCGCUGCUACAACCAGCUUCACUGUCAACAGGAUGGGUAAACAGCAGGAGGAGAAACUCUCUGGAGCGACACUGUACAGGAAGCUGAAGACGUACAUGAUGACGGAGGAGCAGCUCCAGGAGCACGGAUACCCGAGAAUAAACCCAGACGCUGCCGGCAAAGCCAUCAUAUACAACCUCCCAGAGAAAAAGGCCAUUGCAGACCCAUUCAACAAGGUAUGCUGUCGAUGUGGAGCGGAGUACAAGAUCAACGCCAACGGCAACUGUAUACGGAGAGAGGAAUGUAGCUUCCAUUGGGGACGAUUACGCAGACAUAAAGUCGCUGGAGGGUGGGAGACCAACUAUAGCUGCUGUGCUGCGGCCGUGGGCGCUCCAGGUUGCCAAGUUGCCAAGCAACAUGUUCAGGACGGACGUAAAGAGUCAUUAGACGGUUACGUCUCAACGUUCAGUAAAUCUCUCCCACCUGAUGGCAAUGGAGGGGUGUUUGCUUUGGACUGUGAGAUGUGUUACACAAGGCAGGGCCUGGAUCUGACGAGGGUGACGGUCAUCAAUUCUGAGUUGAAAGUCAUCUACGAUACGUUUGUCAAACCUGAAAGCAAAGUGGUUGAUUACAACACACGAUUUUCAGGUGUGACGGAGGAGGACUUGGAGAACGCCACCAUCAGCCUGAGAGACGUUCAGGCCGUGCUGCUCAGUAUGUUCAGUGCUGAAUCCAUCCUCAUAGGACACAGUCUGGAGAGCGACCUGCUCGCUCUGAAGCUAAUCCACAGUUCAGUCGUAGACACGGCCAUUGUGUUCCCUCACCGUCUCGGCUUGCCGUACAAACGUGCCUUGAGGAACCUGAUGGCCGACCACCUCAAACGCAUCAUCCAGGACAACGUGGAGGGCCACGACUCGAGCGAAGAUGCGUCCGCCUGCAUGGAGCUGAUGUUUUGGAAGAUCAAGGAGGAUGCAAAGGUUAAAAGAUGACCUCUGACCCCUCUGCUCCCACUGUCUUCAGUUCAACUUCCUGCCUUCACGUGGCUGCAGGGAGCCUGCACCUGCUCUCAGAGAGUUAAGGUCAGAGUGUCGGGGGGGAGGGCGGGACGGUUCAGCAAAGGUGGAAGUUUUCAGCAGAAGAAGCCCGAGAAGAGCCGACUGUUGUUGCUGCCUAACGGACUGAAUGAGAGAACUGCCAGUCCCUUCAAAGCAAUAGGAGCCUAAAUUAACAGUGAUUUACUUUGCUUAUUGGUAUUUCAGUUCUAAAUAAUGUUAGUUCAAAUGUAUUUCUGUUUUCUCAAACACUUUAUGAAUAAAAAAACACCUUUCUAUAGAACUACUUAAAAUGCCAGGGCAUUGUCCGCUGAACGAUAAUGAUUAAUAUGAUAUUCAUGCCAGGUUGAAUCUUCAGCCUAAAUUGCACUAUAGAAACGCUCUUGUUGUAUAGGGCCCAAGUCUGAGUACCUCAUCUGUGUUAUAAAGAAUUCACUUAUAAUGAAUAACACGUUACUUAGUUACACUUAAGUGCAUUGAUGUCUUAGUCUGUCGAACAUUUGCUAUGUAAAUGCACUUCUGUGUUGUUGUUUUUUUACACUGCACCUCAUUUUCCCGUCACUGAUCUCUGUUUAUGGUGCGGUUUAUUAUCGCGUUGUUGGUUGGCUCUCAAAAACCUGACUAAUCCUAUAAUACUUGAUCAUAAUAAAAAUACCCUCGGCGGAAAAGUUUCUGCUGCUACCUAUUUGCUAUAGUUGAUAGAAAAUAUCACUGUAUUUCAUAGUUCGGACAAAAAAAUACUGACUAUAUCUACCACUGUCUCUGUGCACUGCAUGUAAUAAAACCAGGAAUCAUUGUGAUAGCAGGUAUGUUAUUCCUCCAUAAGAACAAAAUUAGGUUCAGUUCUGUUGAAUUAGGCCCGGGUUAUUAAUUACACACAGUUUAUCAUUUAGUCAGUACCAGCUAACCUGUGCUGUUUUACGUUGGAAGUGACUGAAAACAUACUCGAGUGCUGUAAAUACGCUGUAAGCAGUUUCCUUUUUGUAUUUGUUCAUUUUUUGGUUGUUUAUCUUUUUCUAUUAAAAGGUAUUAGUUAAAAGAAA